UUUGGGUACCAUGGUGAUUACUGUAGCUUUGAUGGCAUUGACCAAUCAGAUGAAAGUUGCUGAUAACGAGAACAAAUCAACAAGUGAGGCCCGCAACAGUAAAGAAAUAUGGACGAAUUCCGUGUUCUUCGUGUACAGCGCACUAUUACAACAAGGUUCGUAUCUCACUCCCAACACGAUUUCUGGAAGAACCGUGUUCGUGAUCUGGUGGUUGUUCGCUGUGGUAUACUACGCCUGUUACACCGCCACUCUGACCUCGUCCUUCGCUGUCAAAGAACCACCUUCCCCCAUUAAUUCGAUCUACGACCUUUUAAAUACACCUAGCUAUAGGUUCGGGAUGAGAAAGGGAACGUUCCAUCUCAGAUAUUUUAAGACUUCUACAAAUGUACGAAGCUGGAAUUCUCCGAUAUUUAAAACAGAAAUGGUGGCCUCGGUUAUCAGAUUGCCGGUUGGUUUCGUCUACAUACAUCAGUUUGGAUCUCCACCAGGUAGUGCUGCCUUUCAUCAUUCUUCUGGCGGGUCUAUGGGCGGCUCUCUGGUGUUUGGUUGGGGAAACUCUGUUCGAUAUUUGGAAGAAAAAACGUUAUCAACGUUUACUGAAAAAAGUAUGAGCAGUCUUUGGAAUCUCCACCGAAUGUUUAAGCCUGUAUGUAAAAAUCGGAAAACUGGACGAUCUCCAAAAACAAACUUUUUUAUAAUCUAGUUCCAAUUUGUUUUGUUUUCCAA